AUGAUGAUGAUGACUGGCCGCCUGCUGUUGCUAUGUGCCCUCUGUGUGCUGUGGUGCGGUGCCGGCGGUGGUGGAUGUUCUGAAGCAGAUCUAGCCCUUCCGGGUACUGGUUUGACCGACAACGGCAAUAAUUCUGAAGGUAAAAACAACACAACUGAUGGCGUUGGAGGAGGUGGCCCAAUCGGUCAACCGGCAGCAUCACAACCAGCAGCACCAUCAUCGGUGCCUGUAUCGGAAACGAAAGCGGAAUCGGCGCUAAAAACCGGAGCAAAGGCAUCAGAAACGGCAGAAGAAACGAUAGAAAAAAAUAAAAAAACGGAAAACGGGGGAAAUGGGGAGGCGAAUCAGGAUGCGGAUGAAGAAGAUGAAGGGGAAGAUGAAGGGGAAGAUGAAGAGGGAGAGGAAGUGGAAUUGGGUGAUGGCAAGGAGGAAAAAAAAGAGACGGAGGAAGAGAAAAAGCAAGAAGAAAAAGAUGAUACCAGAACUACAAAGAGGAUUUCGGCAGGCGGUCAGGAAGAGCCAAUUUUAUCUUCUCGUGUGGAGGAAGCAUCGAAUAAAACAAAACCCCAAAGCACUCAAACAACUGGCGACAAAGAUCCAGCAGCUGAUGGUGCAGUGACACAAGAAGAAAAACAAAAUGGAAAUAAAGAAGCCAAUCCGAAGGAAACACCAGUCGAAUCCACCGUAAUGAAAACCACAGCGGCGACGACUGGCGACAGUGACGGCAGCACCGCGGUCCCCCACACCACCUCCCCUCUUUUGCUUCUUCUUCUUCUUGUUGCGUGUGCGGCUGCUGCUGCGGUGGUGGCCGCGUGA